AUGACGGAUCAAAAGGAAGAAAAUAAUAUGUAUGACAUAUUCUACCGUAUAAAGACUAAUCAUGAUUAUGAAAAUAAUGAUAAUAUAGAAGUAGGUUCAAAUAAUUCCAAUAAAAGAUGUGAUACCGUUAAAUGGACAAUUAAUGGAUAUAAUGAAAAACUGAAUAAUUUGUGUAAAGAAUUUAUAAAUUUAUAUAAUGUAUUAUAUCCCCCAAAUAUGGAUAAGAAUGGUAAUACCAGUAAUAAACAUGCAGCGUACUUGAACUUCUGGUUUAAUAAUAAAUUAAGAAGUAUUGAUAAAAAAUUAACAGACGAAGAAAGUAUAUAUAGUAGUUUAAAUAAUAUUUGUAAUACUAUUGAUACAAGUAAUAUAAUAAAAAACAAAAUAUAUAAAAUUCCAGAAGAACAUUAUGAUAAAUUGGAUAUGUUGAAUAAUUUAUAUACCAACUAUAUUAAAUUAGAAACUACAGAAGAUGUUCAAUUAGAUGAGAAAUCUUACUAUACAAAUAAUGCAAAAAUAUGUAUUAAAAUUUUUGCGGAGGUUAUAAAAUUAUAUCACCAAAAAAUUAAUUAUAAUUUUUAUAAGGCGCUCCGGAAAUUUAGUGUUUUAUAUAAAAUUGCCAAAUAUAAGUUAGCUUUUUUUAAAAAGAUAGAGGUAGAUCCAUUACCAGUAUUAGAAACAGAAAUAGCUAAGAAAAAAUUAGAAGAUGCAUGCAAUUCAUUUGUAACGGAUACCUUAGAUAGGACUCCUGGAAUAAACAAUACACAUGAAAAUAUUUUAAAAGACUUUCUUGAAUACAAAAAAUAUAAUGAAUUCUAUAAACAUACUAAUGGACGAUCUAUUUGUGUUAAAUAUUAUGAUAAAAUUAUCCAUCUGGAAAAUAAAAAUAAAGACAUUAUUACAAAAAUUUGUACAGAACUUGCAGCUAAUUUAGAAAAAUUAUCUAGUAUGACAAGCAUAAGUGCGAACCACAGAGAACGAUGUUCAUAUAUGAAUUACUGGACAUAUAAUAUAAUAAUGCAAACUUUAAAAAGUAUUUCAGAUAAUAAAGAAAAGAUAAAUCUACUUAAUAUAAUUAAUAAUUUAUUGUUUGAUAUUAAUGAUAAAUUACCAAAAGAAAAAAUGAAGAGAAAGAUUUACACGACUAUUUUAGGAACUACACAAAAAACUGACUAUUGCAAAUACAUUACUUAUAUCAAUUCAUUAUAUGAAAAAUAUGUUCAUAGUUGCUGUACAUAUUUUUAUAAUAAUGCAUACUGGAAUGGCUGCAUAGCCUAUUUUAAUUGUGAAGAAUAUUAUAACCCAUAUAAUCUCUAUUUAAAAUUAAAUUGUCAAGAGAUAUCAACAGAUAAAAAUAUUCAAAAGAGUAACUACUCCAGUUCCCAUAGAUUAUACAGUUAUAUUACAAUCUAA